UGCAUCAAAUGGAGUCGUGAGCUAUCUCAUAGGCACAGUGAAAUGCCAAAUGAAAAUUAGGAAAUUGAAAAUCAAAGUGUACCAGUGCACAUAAACUCAGUUUUGACAGAGAUGUCUGAAAAUUGGUCUUCCUUCAAAAAAAAAUAUAGGUAUUUAAGGGCUGCAAGGAUAAAGAAGAAAAAAUGUUUCCAAACCUACUGUGCUGACCUAUUCUAUUCGAUGAUAACCUGUCCCAUAUAUUUAAUCACACAUUUUCUAAAGCUUUGGAUCCGGUUUCAAAAUGUUUGUAGUCUGUUUAAUCCCAACAGUGUAGGAGCAUACGACAUGCUUCUACAAUUAGUGUUAAUUUCAGUUGCUGCGAGCACAAAAGGAGAAUGUAUUGAGUGUAAUUCGCCAACGUUGCUGUACCACGAAUUAAAAUGUACCCCUACAUUUUCGGAUGACAACAAAUGUUGUCCACUUGAAUACGAUUGCUCCAACAUUUACAAUCGGCCGGAAGGAACUUGCCACUUGAUGGGAAAAUAUUAUAAGCCCGGCGAGAAACCUGCAGAAGAAGAUGUGGCUAGUGAUUGCCGUUUUCCAUUUUGCACAUGUGAAGAAAAUGGACUUUUCAAUUGCAAGUUGCCUUCAGACUCUUGUGCAGAGUAUUGGCUACCGGUACUUAAAGAACCGGGUUGCUAUUUGACUUACAAACAUAAUCUUUGUUGUAGUGUAGACCAAAAAUGCCCACCUUUCAGUGAGACAGACGGCAAAUGCGAAGUUGGUGAAACGACGUACAAAGAAGGGCAAAGGUUCAGUCACCCAACCAAAAAGUGCGCCAGUUGUAUUUGUGACAAAAGCUUUAACGGUUCAUUUGAUCACUUAUGCCAAUUGCGAAAUUGCUCAAGUGAACUGAAACAUUCUAAGGAAAUUCACAACUAUUGUGCACCUUACUACUUCCACUCAGACGAUUGUUGCCCCCACUCUUGGAUAUGCCCAUCCGAGGGUGGCAUUUUUUUGCCACCACCAACUUCACCUUUACUUGAUACGCAAUGUCGAUUUGGAACUUACGCAAUGUCUAUUGGAGAGAAAUAUCGAUUUGAAAAUACAACAUGUGAAUGCCUAAUACCACCAUUCUUAACAUGUAAAACAGUAGAAUGAAAAUCAUUGUUAUAGACGCGCAUUGUGUCAGUUAAUUUUAUCACAAAGCUUUUUACUUACAGAUUAAAUAAGAUUUUAUAGUCGCACUAGCAUUAUUGAAAAAGAUGUCUACCAUGUGGUCUAUAGAAAGAUAACUACCUACUUCAAGGUAUAGGCUACCUAUUCCGGGCCUCUAGGUCAGUUCCCCGAAAAAUAGUGGGUUAGGACGAACGAACAAAACGCAAUCAAUAGCACAUUUUUUUUAGCUCUUAAAAAUGCGCUAAAAAUCACUACCUUAUAUCAUUGAAUCAUUUUCCUCAAAGUGAAAAAUCGCCGUUGGCUGCACUUUGUCGUUCGUCUGUCACCACUUACUACUUCUACACGUCUAAACCGAUUUGGGCGUUAAGGGGCUCAUUUGAAAGUGAUUGGUCCAGGGUCCUGUGAGUAGCGAUAUUUUUUGUUUUGCGCAUGCGCAGUGUCAAAAGAUUGGUUUAACUAAGGUGGAAUGCUAAAUAUUUUAUUUAUGAAGAUUUAUGAAGGAUCAAAUGUAUCUAUAAACACUAGGAAUAUAAGGAAAACUAACGACGUACUCAAAAUAUUCUUUGCGCAUGCGCAAUUCCAACUUUACGUAUACCGAACUGGCCGCUUAAUUUCAUUAGAAAAGUUCCCCACGCCAGUCUAUCCGGAGACAAGGCAGAAUUAAUGGGCUGUACGUGUCAGUUUCUGAUGAGUUGAAUCCGUUUCGUGGCGCAAAAUGAGAACUGAUUACCAGAGAGGUUUUCUGGCUAAUGAUUUUUCUAAACGUGGGAUUGGUAGGAACAUUCCAGAACACGAAUUCCAAAGCUGUUUUGAACCGUUGCGGCAUCGUCUAAAAGUGUACUGCUGCCUAAGAGGAGGACUUUGAACGCGAUCAUAGUUGGCAAAUAUCGAUAUAAAUCAAUAGAAAAAUCUCCUGGUCAUUCUACGUAUUGAUUAAUCAUUAUUAUAGCUGUGUACGGCGUAUUAUGUCAAUAUAGGAAUACGUGCAGUCAUUGAAACAUGCUUUGCACUAGACGAAACUGCACCGGCUCCUGACGUUUCAUCUAAUUACUUGAUUUAUUUCUUCAGUUCUGACUACAAUAUAGCAUUUAUAAAUGCAGAAAAAUGAAAUUAUCUUUUAUCAUUUUUUUUCGAAACGAAUUGGGAAAUUAAAGAAGCGAUUAUCGUUGAACCACAAGAUAAUCACAUCUCAGGGAUCAUCCGCGAUUAAUUGGUUCAGACCGGACUUUCACUUUUGUUUACAAUUCCGAACACGUAAGUCGCAAUUUUCGUUGAAUGUGUGAAAAAUGAUGAGAGAAAUGGCCUCUGGUGUUGAUAGCAGGUGGAAAAGCAGCACCAUAGUCAACUCUACUGGUGUAAUUGUGAUGAUUCUUCUUUUACAAAUAUCUAUUGGCUUAUACACACAUAAAUUAUUAAGAACAAUAUUUCAAAAAAACAUACACGAAAGAAUAAGGAUUGAAAAAGCACAUUUGAGGAAUGAGUUAAAAUUAAAUAUUCAAAAAGUGGACUUUGGCAACCACGAUGAGUUACAAAUGUACAGGCGAGGACGAUCCGAGGAUUCCGAGGAAAUAGUAAAAAAUAUCUGCACCGUUGUUCGUGAAAAUUGUAUGGGCGUUACUCUAGAUGAUGGAAGGAUGCUGCGCCCGCCCCCAGCCGACCCAAACAUUUCUUAAAAAAUCUGGAGUAAUGAGGAUACCUAUAUGCAUUAUCAGUAUUUUAUUGAAUAAAUUAAAAACUAUAAAAUA